ACAAUAUGGCGCGAGUGAAAUGUCAUGAUCGAAGAAAGAUGUCAGUAGAAUGUUUACAUUUUUUGUUAUUUAUUCAAAGUUUCACACAAUGCUUUCUUCACACAAUAGCAGUAGAAAGUCAUAGUCAAGCAUUUGUACAAACAGACAACCACCUUACGUACAUAGGAGAUGGAAGAGAUAUCAAUGGAAUACCUUUAGAAGUGAAUCCAGGUCAUACAUAUAGUGCUGAAAAUAUUAUUUAUAAAAAUUCUGUUAGAUUAGACCCACCAUGGCUAGAUUUCCAAGAAAGACCAGUUGGAAUGCCAUUUAUGGAACAAGUUGUAGUUCACAAUACAGAUAGUAGAAAUGAUUUACACCUGCUCUCAAUAUCGGGCAGUACAGUUCAUUUCCACUGCUCAUUUUUUCAAGAAAAAGUUGUUCCACCUGGUGGCAAUACAACAUUUGAUGUAGUAUUUUUAGCCAGAGAGGAGGGAAAUGUAGAAAAUACUUUAUAUAUCCAUACUUCUGUAGGGUCUUUUUCUUAUAAUGUUUUUGGAGUGGGAAUACCAAAUCCAUAUAGACUGAGGCCAUAUUUAGGAGCAAAAGUUCCACUAAAUAGCAGUUUUUCUCCCAUCAUAAAAAUACAUAAUCCCUUCAGCUCAACGCUGCAGGUGACAGAAAUGUUUUCCAGUGAAGGAGAUUUACAUUUAGAGUUACCUUCAGGGGAUUUAGAAGCCCCCAGGAGUUUAUGGGAGAUCCCUCCUUACGAGACCAAAACUGUUAUGAAGGCAAAUUUUGUAGGGAGGGUGGAAAAUAACCAUACUGCCUUCAUCCGAAUAAAAACAAACCAAGAGCAGACGAACAAUUUAGUUAUUUUACCUGUUGAAGUGGAAGUUAGCGCAGUUCCUGGUCUAUAUUCCCCUGCGGAGAUGAUAGAUUUUGGAAUAAUGAGAACACUCGACGACCCUGUUACAAUUAGUCUUAACCUUGUCAACACCGGCUUUAAACCAAUUCACAUUUCAAGUGUAUCAGUUUCUCCUCCAAAUGAAGCUAUUAGUAUUGAUUUUCGUCCAACAAAAUUACAACCAGAUAUUUUACGACACACGUCAAUUGCUAGAAUUACGUUCAAUGCUGAAAAGGCUUUACACAGAAAGCAGUGGUCGGGAAAAAUUAUUGUGAAAUCCAGGAAUGGCCAGCACAAAAUUACAAUUCCUUAUAAAGCAGCUGUACUCCACGGGUCUUUGGUGUACAGCAUCAACAAUACAUACUUUUUUAGUGCCAGAGACAUCUGGAACAUCACUAGAGCAAUAACUUUUACCAACACCUUUAAUUUCUCUGUUGUUCUCUACAACAUUUCUAUUCCUAGCCAAUUCCAUCACUUCUUCUCUAUUCUUAAUUUUUCCGCCCCUUUUAUGCUGAAGCCGAGGAGAACUUCUACUCCAUUUUAUCUCCAGUUUCAUCCCAACGAAACACAGCUCCAUUUUACAACUUACAUAACACUACAUACCAACGCUUCAACUUUUACAAUUCCGAUUAUAGUUUACAAUGGGCUUCUCAAGGUUAUUCCACACAGACCUGAGAAGUUCAAAGGUCAGUUUGAUUUUGGCACCAUGGGAGUUGAGGAGAAAAGAAGUAUGAUAUUUACCCUCCGCAACGACAACCCCAUUGAUGUUCAUAUAGGGGAGAUUACCCCAGAUAUGAAUGGUACCAAGGUGUUUUUUCUUGGAAUGGAAAAGGGAAAUGGGACUAUGUUAACACAAAGACAUAACAUUACAGAAGUGGACUACAACUUUUUGAAGAUCAAACCAUACCAUUUUGCAGUGUUUAGAUUAAAUUUAACAGCACCAGACCAUGAAGGUGUUUUUGCUUCUGACAUGCUAAUAACAACUCAGUUUGAGGAUAUCUGGAUACCUAUAGCUGUCCGUACAGCGGAUGGGAGUCUUAUAGCUAUCCCAGAGUCACUUCAUUUUGAUAAAAUGCAUCCUGGUAUGGUAGAUUAUCGAGUUUUACAGAUACACUCCACAUUCCGUGACUAUAUGGAAGUAAUAGGAGUAACAUUCCAGCCUCCUGAUAGUAGAUUUUACUAUGAACCCCCCAAUACUGAAAGAAUACUCCUUGUUCCAGAUAAACCAAAUAAUGUUGGGAAAAUAUAUUUUGAUGCAAAAAGAGAAUGUAAAGAUGAUUGCUAUGUAGGUUUAGCAACUAAUACCCCAGCUGGUCACCAGUGGUUGAUUGGUCUAGGGUUAUUCCGAGAUGUCAUAGAAACAGAUCAAUAUUUAUACACCAAGCUGCAGCAAAAGUGGCGAACCAUUCAAAAAUCUAAUUUAAAUACAGCUAACGUUACUAUAGAAAUGGACACCAAUGAAGUCCGAGGUUUUUUAUAUUCUGCUCAAGCACACUUACAUUGGCCUUCUCUAGUCAGAAAAUGUCAUAUUAGAUUUCCACUGACGCAAAUAGGAAAUAUUUCAAUAUCUGAUUUUAUUGUGGAAAAUCCAGGAGAUAUUCCAGUUUUAAUCCAGAUUUUACCUUUACCACUUUAUCCUAAUCCACAGACUAUAGCAGAUCUUUUAUACAGAAAUUUUAGAUUUUCCGCUGAUCCAGGUGACACCAUUGAAAUGGACGACCUGGAUAUUUUUACCUUACCUGAUUUAGAACAAUAUAAUCCCAGUCGACAAAAUCCUGUCCCUGGUUUUAGAAAACACAUUGAAACUUCAUUAGGAGUGAAGCCACACAAACAAAGUAUAACCACAAUACUGCAGCCUGGGGUCAAGGUCAAAGUCAGGGUGGGGUUCCAACCAAAGGAUGAUAUUUCUAGAACUUCUAUAAUACUCAUAAGGAAUAACUUAACAAUAAUAGAUGCAAUAGUUGUACAAGGUCAGGGAGGACGAGGAGAAAUGAAGCUCAGCAACAAACGACCAGGAUCCUCCAUACCUCUACAGUUUGACAUAACAGAAAAGCACCUCAAAAACUGUGAUAAAAAGAAGCAAACAAAGAACACCAUGGUUCCCAAUUUUACAGUCAGAAGAUCUUUUACUUUAAAGAAUACAGGGGAACUUCCCUUCUUUAUCCAUAGUUACAGCAUUAAUGGGUCACCGUGUGAAGGUUAUGGGUUCCGAGUUUUAGAUUGCGAGGGUUAUGAGAUGUUACCUAAUACCACUCGAAAAAUAGACAUAGCGUUUACUCCUGAUUUUACCAUGUCCAGGAUAAGAAGAAUUUUAACAAUUCACAGCAGUUUAGGACCUGUCGCAAAUUACACACUACAGGCCACCAUUCCCCCACAUACUCUGUCCCGCUGCUCGGCAGCUCUACCCCGUCCCAACUGGGAACCAGUUUUAUACUACUCAAUCACUUGUGUGAUGGCUUUCCUAUUAUUCUGCAUACUUGUGGCAGCAUAUUUUGAAGCGGAUAGGAUUUUUGUUGCAGAUAUAAUUCGGAGGAAGAUAAAAUUUAGUAGCGCAGCACAGAAUUUUGAUAGAACUAAAAUAUUUGAUCUCAGACAAAUUGCAGGGUUAACUUCAACACAAACUCCAAACUCCCCUACUAGAAUCACCCAAGUUUCCCCACUUCUUACACAAAAUAAUAACUUAACUACCAAGCCUACAGUGAACUUAAGUAAUGGACAUGUAGAACACAGGAGCCAUAAAGAAGCCUUUGGAAGUACUCUUUUGAAAGUUUUAAAGAGGUUGUUUGCUUCAAAACCUUCAAGAUCCAAUAACAGCAAAAAACCAAAGGUCGAAAAAGUGGAACCAGUCAAAGAGGAAGUAUCUCAGUCCCAGCAGGUGCCAAAAGUCAAACCGACGGACGAACGGACGUCAGUCAACCAGGAAUCUACAGAGAAAUCCAACACGACACAGAGGAAUAAAAAUAAAAAGGCAGCACGCAGACAACACUCAAGUGAGCUUUUAACCAAUCAGAGCGAUGCUUACAACAGUGGUCACCAGGAGGCCAGACAGAAUGAUACAUAUAACAGGCAGAACAGCCACGAACACCAGGAUAAGAUGUACAAAAACUCUCAUAAAACUUCUUCUACUGGAUUAGAUGAGUUUAGUCUGGUGGAGGAUACAAAAUCUGACAUAUCUGACACAAAAUUGAAGAAUCGUAAGAAAAACAAAAGCAGACCAGAAAUGAUACACCGAUACAUGACUCAAGCCAGCGUUGAUGAUGAAACAUCGUCCACUUCUACCGAAUCUUCAGUUGGUGAUGUUGAGGAGAAGAGUUCAAGUGCCCGAGACUCUACUCCUGAACCACAGCACCAUCCCAAACCGAAAAAGUCUAAACCCCGAGUUGUCAAAACCACAGGACAUUACGACAAGACCGCAGAUGAUGCCGAGUUUGAGCUGACCUCCAAAUCAAAGGGACACAAGCGCAUCAAGGGCAAGUCAAAGGAUGUGUAUGGUGGGGACAUCUUCCACCCUGAUUCCCUGGAAUUGCCGUAUGAUAUGGAAAAAUUGGAAAAGAAGGAAAAGUCUAAGAAGAAAGCUUUGAAACUACAGAACCUGAAAGGUGACUCGGAAAGUUCUGACAGUCGCGGCAGCCAGGAUGAGCCGAUGCCUAAUUGGGACAUGCCCGUCAACUCCCCUGAUGAGGACCUGAGUGAACUUGCUCAGCAGACAGCCAGGUUUGCACAGAAACAUGGGAAGAACAUGACACCCAACGGAACCACCCCUGACAUAUUGUCCAGCAGUUCACGCUCCAGUAGUUACAGCGAUAUCGUCAGCAGCACCGAAAACGGAAAAUACAAAGAACCACGACGUACCAAUACUUUCCCUGGACUAGAACCUAACAUACCAGCUGCCAUUGGAACAAAAGCAAGAACUGCUCCUGUAGGAUCAGGCAAGGGACGCAAUGUAUGGAAUGCCACCCCACCCACCACCCCGGACUCAGUACUUGGAAGUUUUGGACUCCAGACCAUUCAGGAAACCAACCGCCUGCCGUCUACGGAGAGCAUCCUACCAGCAUCCCUCCCAGACACUCCGCGUGUAGAGCCAGAUGUUCCUUCUGAUCCUUUUGCUCCUGCUAAUGGACCAUUCUCUGGAAAUUUCAUGAACUACCCAAGUAGCCCUGGCUACGAGGCUCCUCAGACCAUGAUGCAGAAACUUCAACAGGAGAGGCGUAUCCGACUGGCAGAACACAAGCGUAGGAUCAUGCAAGGUGAAGAAUGGCCUGGUUUUGAUGUACCCCCAGUUGGCAGCGAGAGCCUGUGGGAUAAUGAGUACAACCCCCUUGGUGCAAAAUGGUCAGCUGGACUUGAUGCCCCCGCAAAUCUGCAGGACAACCCCAGUCUGUGGAGUACCCUGACUAACAGUGCUAACAGCAGCUGGAACUCUCUGAUGAGUUUAUCUGGCUGGGGAUCCCAACAACCCAGCACCACCAGCACUGAGACACCCACCACCGAAUCUGCCACUGUCCCACCUAGGACUCAGCAGGAUAACCAAGCCUUCAAUCCAUUCAACACAAUGUCAGACAUCUGGGGACCCAAUGCCACCAGCAACAGUACUGGGUGGAAUGUUCCCCCAUUUUAUAUAGAAGCCAUGUGUGAUCUUAUUUUACCACCGUCGCCACAAUGGUACUGUAGCAAAAUUAUCGAUUAUAACAAAAAAGGCAUCCUGAUAUUCGGAACAAGACACGAUAUUUUCGUGUUGGAUGCCUCCAGUGUUCCUCCGACAUACGUAGCGCAGUGCUGCCUUCAUAAAGAACGAAUAUCAUCUGUAGCUUUGAAUGAGAACAACAUUUGUUGCAGUGCCUCUGAAGAUGGGAAAGUGAAAGUGUGGAAAAUAGACAACCCCAGGGAUGCAAUAGACGAACAUAAUAUUCAUAGUAGUAAAAUUGGCUGUAUUUGCUGGUCGUCUGGUAAUUCGUCUGUAGUGAUCAGUGGAGAUGACCGAGGUCAGAUUGUGUGUUGGCAGUAUGAGGAAAACAGAACAAUAUGUUACUGUCCAGAAGCUGCAGCCAUUGUUUGUCUUGUGUGCUCAAAUCUUAAUGAAACACAAGUGGCCGUGGGAUAUAGGACAGGAGUAGUUUUGAUUGUUGACGUGAGGGAAUGGAAGGAAGGCCACGUAUUACAAAGACUACGAGGUCAUGACGACGAGGUGCUGUGUUUAGCUUGGUGUCCAAUUCCAGGAGAAAACUUCAAAGCUUACAAAGAUUUGGACAAUCCAGACGUUCCUCCUCUCAAUGGUGAUACCAAUAGCAACCCAGAUUUUGGAAGCAGUGGUCAUCUGUUAGUGUCCAGCAGUAGGGACAGAACGGUCAGGGUGUGGAGCUCGGCCAGAGGACGACAAAUCUUGGUUUUCAAGCCCCCAAAGUCUGCUCCAGCAGGCAGGGAAGAUAAAGCCAAAAUGUGGAUGACUCUGUUGUGGAAUCCACACAAUGCCAAUCAGAUUUAUGCCAGCUCAUACGGUGGUGAGAUUUUGAGAUGGAGUCUGGAAUCCAAUAGUUCCCAAAAGCCUGAGUCCCUGAGCUCAGGGAAGGUCCUCUACCACACACGACCAGUGUUCUGUAUGUGUACGGGUGGAUCUAACAAUUCUAUGAUGUGUACUGUCUCCAUGGACAGACAGAUGAUAUUUUGGGAUUUGUCUAAGUCUGUACCACUGUGUGCUCUACCCACACUGGGAGGCUUUGUGUAUGUGGCCAAGACUUCCCCUGUAGAUCCAGGAAGGCUUGCUAUUGGUGUUGGUGACAGCAUGAUAAGACUGUGGAAUAUGAACAAUGUAAACAACCCAUUUGAUGUUGCUCUUCUUUGGCAGGGCAUAAGGUCAAAGGUCACAGCACUUUGCUGGCACCCAGAAAAAGAGGGACGUCUUGGAUUUGGAACAGAUGAUGGUAGAGUGGGUGUAUUUGAUACCUUAUCUAACAAACAUCCUUAUGUAUCCUCCCAUUACCAUAGGAGAACAGUGUAUGUCAUGGCGUGGGGACCUCCUUGUUCAGAAGUGGAGAAUGAUCCGUCUUUUGUGCUGUACAGUGUGGGGGAUGGCAUCAUCCUGUCACAUGACCCAAAGAACUUUCAGAAUGAGGCUCAGGAUAUUAAUUCACUCAUUUUCAAAACAAAUGGACCAAAGCCAAGAGUACCAAUUCGAAGUGAAAUAAGCUGGAACCCAGAUUUUUCUUUGGUGGCCAUUGGUAAUGAUGAUGGCUCUGUUGAAAUUUACAAGCCUCCUCUGUUGAAUCUCCUGUGUGUUGUUCACAUCCACCACAAACUGGUGAAUUCCAUCCAGUGGCACCCUAUACACAAUGUAGACACCGCCAGCAGUCAGCGGUUUUACAUCACAACGGGUUCUAAUGAAGCCGCCAUCCAGGUGGUGGACUUAUCCUCUGUACUUGGCAGAGUUCCUGAGAAGAGUGACAAUGUAGUGUUGAUAUCGGAGGCUAAAUAUACCCUAUUUGGACACAGUAACAGAAUCAUUGGUCUACAAUGGAGUCCACAUGAUGACAACAAACUGGUGUCUGUCUCCUUUGAUGGCUCAGCAAGGGUUUGGGAAGUGAGUAGAGGUCAGACAAUUGCCAGUUACCAUGGUCACCGAGGUCGUCUGCUGUGUGUGCAGUGGAGUGGAUCCGAUCCAGAUGUGGUGUUUACAGGUGGAGAAGACUUCACACUCCACAAGUGGAGAAUCUCCAAAAAUCCACAUUCUGUGGAAGAUGAUGCACUCAGAAAGAAAAAACCAAAAUCCAAAGGAAGGAAAAAAAUUCCAAGAGAUGAUGAUAAAAAGUCUCAAGAGUGCACAGGGUCAAAUCAGGGUGUCAAAGGAUCAAGUCAAGAAAGGGAAGGAGAGGUCACAGGGUCAUCAGUUACCUUGGAUACAGAAACCCAGGCCAGUUUGGAUGAUCUUAUACAGAGAAAGAAAGCUGAACUUGAAGGCACAGAUUAUAAACCCAGUGAAGAAAGUGGUUUUGAUGUGAAAUCAGAGGGUAUCUCCAGCGGUAACACAGAGCUGACAUUACCCAUAAUACAACAGGGGGAGGUUUCCGUGGAUGCUAGCUCAACCUCUAGGAGCAGAGAAAGUAAAGACUUUCCUACAAAAGAUGUAAAAAAGAAAAGGUUAUCCAAACCAAAAUCACUAUUUCCAUUGUGUGGUCGUCACGAGAAUCGCGGGAAGGAGUUGGUAUUACACGACAUUGUUGUACUGACACAAACUAUUUACGAGAAGUCGAAGGUUGAGAAAUCCGUGGAUAAUUCGGAGGAAUUUGAUGCAGAGGAGCAUAUAAGCCUUGGAUUUUACUUGCCUGAUAGACGAGCUAUUCUACAAUGCCUCGGAUUAGAAGGUCAGUACCACAAAGACCAUGAAAACAUGGAUUACUACUACCAGCUGGAGAUUUGGAAAGGAAACAUAAAUGGCGUCCUCCGUCAGGCUCGCGAGAGAGAGGAACUCUCCGAUUGGCUGGUUGCCAUGGCACCCAUGGCUGCCUUUGAUACGUGGAUGACAGUGUGUGAGGACUACGCCACCCAGCUAGAGCAGGAGGGGCAGUACCACAAGGCCGCCACCUAUCUCCUGGCCUCCCACAAGGUCUACAGCGCCAUCGACCUGUUCAAAAGACACCGCCUAUUUAAAGAAGCCAUUGCUCUGGCCAAGGUCCGACUGUCACCUAUCGACCCAGUUUUAGAAGAUCUAUACACACUGUGGGCGCACCAACUUACAAAAGACGGAAAUUUCGAGCAAGCGGCUAAAUGCCACCUUGCCAUGCAGCAGGUUCAGAAUGCUGCGGUUUUGUUGGCCAGAAGAUACAACUGCACCGCCAGCCUUCAUACUGCUGCCCGAAUUUCCAUGAUUGCCAACGAAAAGCAGUCAGGGAUGGCAUAUGCCCAUAAACUGCUGCAACAGUUCUUGUUAAAGUGGGAAUGGAGUCAAGCCUACACAUAUCUGAAAGAGCAAAAAGCAUUUCAGGCAUUAAUUGCAGUCAGUGGUAUGCAUGAAUUGGUUGCCAAGGCAAUCCAAAACCAUCAUCCAGAAAUCCUAAACAUAGAAAAAGACAAAUUCUCAAACUGGCAGACUGACUCAAAACUCUUCUUACCAGAUUUUAUCCUUGACAAUAAAGACAGGGACACUUUGUCACCAUGGAAACCCUGGUUAACCGAUGGGUUGACUUUCCCACAUUAUACCUUACGAGUGUUUUACAGUAAUCUGGGAAUCGUCAUGGAUACGGAGAGUCUGGAAGAAAUGUACAAAUCCCUGAGUAUUCUACAGGCUGGCAAGCAGAGCCAGGAAGAUAUCCUACAGUUGUUGAUCCAGAUCAGCGUUGACCUGGUCCUGUGUAUGCUGUCCUUCCUGAUGUCGGAGACACCCACCGCCAUCUCCCAUCUUAUCCACGCCAUCAGCAGCCUACAAGAAGCUGGACAUUACGUCGUCAUGGAAACAGUCAUCAGAUUGUUUCUUCCUCUCGGACCAAAGUACAUGUUGAAGCUACAGCAAGAAAUCACAGCCAUGAGAGUAGUCAUCAGUAUGGAGAACAAAAGUAAUUAUGACGGAGCUGCAAAAGUGCAUACCAUCAAACGCUACUUAACAGAGAUUAAAGAUGAAGACUCUGUGUCAUGUGGAGGCUUGAGGUGUAGAGAGUUGGACUGCCUUAGGGCUUAUUAUUAUUUGGCAAUUCUUAACUCUCUUAAUCAGCAGCAGGCUUCAGGCAUACACAGAGGAGAGGAAAAUGGUCAACAAAUGACAGAAGAGGAUACUAGUUCUGCUAAGUCAGAGAUAACACCAGUAGAUUCCAGUCAAACUGUGAAACAGGAGAAUGGAGUCAAAAAAGCUGAGAGUGACAGUUCUGAUGGAGUAGAAAAUAAUCAAGAGAAAAUUGUGAAUGAAACUGAAAAGGAAGAAUCCAAAGCUUCUACAUCAUCAGACAAAGAAAAUACUGCAAGUGAUACAAGAGAACCUGCCACAGGUUCACAGAGUGAUAAAGUCACAGACAGUGAGAGUGAGUCAAAGGGCAUUCAGUCAGCUACUGGUGAACAUAAGGAAACAAAAGAAUCAUCUACACAUGAUAGUAAUGUUGAUGUUAGGAUAGAAAAAAAUGAACCACAAAGUGGAGAAGUGGUGGAGUCACCCAAAGGAACCACAGCCAGUGAUUUCCAGAGACAGUGUAGUGAUACUGAGAGGACUGACCUAUCACAACUGAAGCUGCCCCAGCUCUGUCACUUAUCACGGGGCCUCCUGUGGGACAUACAGGGGAAAAGAUAUGCUCUGAUGGAAACCCUGGGCUACAUUCACAAGGCUAUAUCUCAACUUCUGUUGGCUCAGAAGCCAAACUCUCUCUCAUCCAGCCAGACAGACAUUCACAGUGAAACAAAGGCUGGAGGAGACUUUACACAUGGACAUGAGGAGAGGGAUAUUCUACCUGGGGGGUUCCCUAGACAGUCUCAUUGUCACAGUGCUGUUAUGAAAAAGAGGCAUCACAGUGAACCUCUACAUCUCCUCCCUGGAGUCUCAGAGGAUGUUUUAUCUCAUUUUCAUCACCACAGUCAUAACCAGACCCAUUUCUCCAGAUCUUUUUCAUCAGAAUCUCAGUCUCUGAAUUCUACUACAAGAGAGCACCUGUGUCCUGCUCAUGGUUCACAUGACUCAAACACUGAAAACUCAUUUGACAUCUGUGUAUCAUGUGAGGUGCUGAACAAAUCUCGCAAGGUAUUGUGGGAAGAUGAGCCCCAUCUUGGAGCAGAGCAUUCUGGGAAAGCUAACCUAACUAACCUCAUUAAUCCUGCAAAAUACAUCAAUGUGCCUGAUGAAUGGUACAAUAUGUCUGCUGAUCAAAAAUACUCAAUGCCUUACGUAACAAUGGCUAUUCUGAAGGAUGAACAGGAGUACAUGAUGCAUGAACUUAAAAGGGGACCAGACAAUCUACAGGUCCCAUUUCCCAAUCCAUUAGACUCGGUGAAGCUACUCCUGAACGUCAGUCAGACACAGCUUAAACAAGACGAGGUGAACUGGUUUGCUGAGCGAGUGGUGGCCUGGGCAUUAAAAUUCUCUGUAUCGGCUCAACAGAAGGAAAACCUAAUGGAUCUUCUACACAGAACACUGACUCAUUAACUGUUCAAGUCUUGUUAUUGUUGAUGUUAGGGUGUCUCAUCUCGCAGUAUUUGUUCUUUAAAAGAAUGUCUUAUUCUUUUCUCUAACUUUGUCACAAAGUACAUUAUUGUGCUAUAGUCUUACAAACCUAGAAUUUUCUUCCCUGGAUUUUUUGAUAUUCAAAAUAUGUCCAACUAAGUGAGCAUGUUGGUAUUUAUUAGUGUCUGAAAUAUAUGUCGGCUUAAAUUUCUGUCAUCAAAAUUUGGAUAUAAGGGAAGUUAAUUCUUGUUGUUAAAUUUUGUUAAUUCCUACCUACAUGUAUCUGGCCUUUUUAUCCUACGUUAGAACUUGCUAGUGCUGUUAAGAAUUCUACCAUUAUGCUUUUCAGCUCAAAUUUUGUUAGCAAGUUAUUCAGCUGCCUGUACAUGUCUCUUAAAUGCUAUAUUACACAUAGGUUUCAUAACUUGUGCAAAUAAGUACCAGUUUUUCUCCAAGUCAGGUUUCCU